AUGGGCAUGGGAUUUCCUGGCUCGCGCUUGACAGCUCCAAUACCGGAUCCGGAACGCCUCGCCUUGCUCGAUCACGCAUAUGAACUGGGAUGCACCUUCUGGGACAGCAGUGACAUUUAUGUCAUAAUAGGGAAAUGGCUAGCCCAGCACCCGGAGAAGCGCAAGGACAUCUUCCUCGCCACCAAAUUUGGCGGUAUCAUGCUUCCCAUGGGAGUAGGGUUUCGUGGCGACCCGGCCUACGUACCCAUCGCCUGUGAGCAGAGCUUGAGACUCGGGGUGGAGGUCAUCGACCUGUGGUACCCGCAUCGACUGGACGGAUCCACGCCGGUCGAGCACAUUGUAGCAGAAAUGGUCAAGCUCAAGGAGCAAGGCAAAAUCAGGCACAUCGGACUCUCCGAAGUCUCGUCGGCGACGCUUCGACGUGCCCAGGCCGUGCUGGGCGGGGCGAUCCAGGGUCCCGACAACUUUGGGGAGGUUGACAUUCGACGAUUCUACCCGCGGUUUUCCAAAUAG